GUCACAUCCGGCACAUGGGAUCAGCUGUUCAAAGCAUGGGCUGCAAAAGUAAAUAAUUGACUUUUUUAAUUUAAAUUGUCGAAUGUGGCUUGUCUUUAGCAUGUAAGCCCAUUUAUGUAUUUACUUUAUUUAUACCGAGAAGGCUUUUAUCAAAAUGAAGAAACCUAAAUGACCAUCACUUAGCUUCGAACCCUUUUAACGCUCCUUCAAGAUGCUUUUUCACACUUCCCGGGCGCUGAGACGUGCCAUGCCCACCUGUGCACGCGUUGUACCCCGGUAUUUAUUCUCUGAAAUCCCUAAAGCAGAAGGCCAAAGUGAGGAUGAAUUGCAGAGAACUGCCUCCCUCUACGUCCAUUGGCCUUACUGUCUCAGAAGAUGUUCUUACUGCAAUUUCAAUAAGUAUAUUUCUAGAUCAAGCAGUGACAACAUUAUGACUGAGUGCCUCCAAAAAGAGGCACAAACUUUGCUUCAACUGAGUCAGGUUUCAUGCAUCACAUCAGUGUUUUUUGGAGGAGGGACACCAAGCCUAGCCCACCCUUCAACAUUCGCAGCAGUGCUUGAAUCCAUUUCACAGCAUGCUCAUAUUCAUCACAAUGCUGAGGUGACUCUGGAGGUUAACCCCACACCCCUUGGAAGGUCAAAGUUGGAGGACUUUUACCAUGCUGGAGUGAACCGUUUCUCUGUUGGGGUCCAAACUCUCAAUGAUGAUGAUUUGGUGGUUCUGCUAAGAGACCAUAGUUCCCAUGAUGCAUUGCGUACCAUUGAGGAGGCAUCACGGCUAUGCCCUGGCAGAGUUUCUGUUGACCUCAUGUUUGGGCGUCCUGGGCAGACAGUCCGAUCCUGGGACACUGAGUUGAGGGAGGUGUUACAGAUUUGUGACGACCACCUCUCUCUAUACCAGCUCACUGUGGAAAGAGGAACACAGCUUUUUAAACAGGUGCAACGUGGAGAAGUGACUGUGCCUGAAGAGGAGGUUACUGCAGAGAUGUACCAAAGAGCCAGGGCUGUCCUCCACCAACACAACUUUCAGCAGUAUGAAGUAUCAAACUUUGCAAGACAUAAUGCUGUCAGUCAUCACAAUCUGAGUUAUUGGAAAGGGAGACAGUAUAUUGGUGUUGGACCAGGGGCACAUGGCAGAUUUGUCCCAUUAGGAGAGGGGGGAGUUUGUCGAGAGGCCAGGACACAGACUUUGGAGCCUGAAGUUUGGAUGUGUGAGGUCCAGAAGAUGGGUCAUGGCACCCGGAGGAGGAUUCAGCUCUGUCAACGUGAACUAAUAGAGGAGGUGUUGGUGAUGGGAAUGAGAAUGACCAAAGGCAUAACGCACAAGCACUGGCAGCGUUUCAGCCCACACGUGAAUCUCCACCAUAUUUUCGGUUCUUCCCCCGAUGUUCAAGAUUUACAGCAAAGUGGCAAACUAAUACUUGAUGAAAGGGGUCUUCGCUGCUCAUAUGAAGGUCUUGCCUUACUGGACAGCAUACUGCCAACUCUGCUCUUGGAGACUGAACGGAUUUACACUCCAAAACAAAAAGACAAUAACAGUUUUUACAAUGCGAGGUGACAACAACAUGGACAUUUUUACAAGGCGACUGACUAAUACCUUAUACGUUAUAAGACCUGACUUAUACCAAUCUUAAGCUCUUAACCUCAACUUGAGUCUAGUUUAACCACUUUAUCACUUUUUGCUGGGAUUUUUUUAAUGAACAAAAUGAAUCAAAUGUAAUAGCAUUCAUCAGAGUUACACAGAGCAACUCAGUUGGCCUUGACUUGCUUGCAUCUUAACACGCAGUUUGUGAAUAAUGAAAAACAACUUAAAAGAGCUGAAUUAGGACAAGUAGGAUUUGCAUCAUCAUUGGGUCAUUUUUUUUUUUUUUUCUGUUUUUCAACCUUGUUUUGCUACGAUGACUACACAGAAAAACAUCUCACCUUCACAAAGCACUUUAAUUAUUGGACAGGAAAUAGACCGUUGUUGAGUUGGUGUGAAUUUGUCAUGUGUAGGCGUGUAUAAUGAGAUUCAGUGGUCUAUCGAGUCCUUUUGUUAAUAUGCCUACAACAAAACCUCUUAAGUAUCUUUUUUUUAUAAUGGAAAUGUACUCAUGCCAUAUUGCAGUUAUCACAAUUACAAAAGCUUCAUCAUAGCUGCACAUAUAGUUUAAAAAUAAAACAGUUGCAU